AUGCAAGAAUACAUACAGGAUGCUAUGACUUUCAUGCGCGAAUAUGGACGACCGUGUUUUUUUUUAUUAGGUACUUUUACAUGUAAUCCAAAACGUCCGGAAAUUACAUCGUUGCUAUUACCAGGACAAAAUGCAAUACAUCGUCAUGACAUUACAGCACGUGUUUUUAAACAAAAAUUUAAGUAUUUAAUCAGCUUUAUUACAAAAUUACAUGUAUUUGGCCCCACACGUUGUUGGAUCUAUUCGGUCGAGUGGCAAAAGCCAGGAUUACCUCAUGCUCACAUUUUGAUUUGUUUCAUCAACAAAAUACAUCCUGAAGACAUCGAUAGUUUAAUUUCAGCAGAAAUUCCCGAUCCGUCUACUGACCAAUUACUGUUUGAUAUUGUUACUACAAACAUGAUUCGUGGUCCAUGCGGAGCUCUGAAUCGUUCAUCGCCUUACAUGGUAGACGGAAAAUGUACAAAUCGUUUUCCUAAAGAUUUCACCAACGAUACGGUCACACAUGUUGACGGAUAUCCAAUAUAUCGUCGAAGAAGUACCGAUAAUGGCGGACAAUCAUUCAUUAAAACUAUCAGUAACGCAGAUAUUGACAUCGACAAUCGUUGGGUGGUACAAUAUUCACUUCUGCUGAGCAAAACAUUCAAUGCUCAUAUUAGUGUAGAGUUCUGCAGUUCGGUGAAGAGCAUCAAAUACAUUUGCAAGUAUGUAAAUGAAAAUUAUUAA